AUGGAACGUCAGUUGUCCCUGGUGCUCGCGUACUACUGCUCCGGUCAUGGUUAUGGACAUGCAACGAGAGUGUCUGCGCUUGUCCGCCAAAUUCUCCUCCUCAAUGGACACACCGCAGCUAAGGGCUUUUGCUGGAGCGUGAGGGUACACAUAGUCUCCUCCGCCCCGAAGCACAUCUUUCGAGAGGCAAUCGAUGUCGGAGCACAGUAUCGCAACGCGAAUAUCGACCCGGUCAUCGUACAACCUUUGGCGUACAGAGUCGAUCGUGAACGCAGUGUCGUAGUACUGAAAGCUUUCCUCGAAGCCAAAGCCCAGAUUCUCGCUCAUGAGAUGUGUUGGUUGAAGAACGUUGGCGCGGACUGCGUGCUGAGCGACGCGGCGUUUAUUGGGUGUUUGGCGGCCAACCAAAUUGGCAUACCCUCCAUUCUUGUCACCAACUUCACCUUCGACUCGGUGUACAGUUAUUUAACAUCUGCAAUAAUCGACUCGCCAACAGAAGAGUCUCACGAAUCGCACCACCAGUUGCAUGCUCUUGUUCCUGACAAACCAGUACCGGAAGAGGUUUUGCGGCCUCUAGUUGAGCAAAUUUGCACAGGUUAUCGUUGCGCUGACCUCUUAUUGCGCCUACCUGGUUAUAUUCCCAUUCCCUCCUUCUUCCUUCGUCCGCCACUUCCUUCAUCAAACUGGGUCGACCCACUAACCAAUCGGUUUCGCGAUGAUGUGUUUGCCUCCCUGACACAAUCCUUUCAUGAUCAACUGCAUCCCAGUAUCCCAUAUCCUUCUUCCAUUCUAUCACCCAAACCCAAACCACCAAGACAAGUAAUCCCAAUACCCCUUCUUGUUCGACCCCGCUCUCAUUCGAUAUCCACCCAUACCGGACGAUCCACGCUCUUGUCAUCUAUUGGGAUUCCUCACUAUCUUCACGAUCCAAGCAAGACCAAGAUUCUCGUCGUUUCAUUUGGUGGACAAGUUUUUCGCCGACCGAAUGGAAGCAAGUCAGGGAGCACCAGUCCAACUCCCGCACAUAGCCCGCGACAAAGCAAGGAUUUGAGCAUUCAGCAGGGGACUGUGGGGCGGGAGCAUUCGAAGUUGCUUGCGAGCAAGUUGGAUAGCUUGCGUUUUCCUCGGAUUGCUUCUCCGUUCAACUUCCAUGUCCAUGAGCGCGAAUAUGCAUUGUCAGUCUCAGACAGCCUGGCAACAGCGUCGCAUUUGUGGAUUCCGGGCGCCCCUCCAGUCUCCAAACCAGUUCCCAUGAGAGAUGGGGCUGGGUUUACUACUUCAACGUCAAGCGAUGAUGAUACGGAUGAUGAAGUUUACUUUGACGCUGAAGAGGAGAUACGGGAUGACGACCAAGAACUGGAGGAGCAGUUCGAUGCUCUUCCCCGGCUUUUACCCGACUCAACUUGGAUCGCCAUUGUUUGCGGUGUAUCUAAAGAUCAAUGGAAUUCUACUGAUACUCCUGACAACGACCUCCCAGGCGGUUUCUAUAUUGCACCAAGGGACGUCUACAUGCCUGAUCUGACUGCAACAGGGGAUGUGCUGCUUGGGAAACUCGGCUAUGGAACUGUCGCAGAAUGUGUUGACUCUUGUACGCCAUUCGUAUAUGUCUCCCGACCCUUGUUCAUUGAGGAGCAUGGUCUCCGGCAUCUUCUCGCGACAGAUGGUGUUGGCAUCGAGUUGGAGAGGGAGAAGUAUGAGGCGGGAGACUGGGCCGGCGCGGUUUCAGAGGCUUAUGCGCUGGGGAAGGAGAAGCGGGACAAGCUGUCAAUGGGCUCGAGGCAGCAAGGAACGAUAGACUCAGAGACAGCGGGGGUUAAAGUUGCACAGACGGUGUUAGAGUGGGCGAACAAGUGGCGGUAG